CUUUUCCCUCAUCACUUGGACAACGCCUACCGUGGACGCCCUGAGAAACUUCCUCUCCUGCAUAUAUCGACUUCUUCAGGUUGUAAAAUGCUCCUGUCCAAAGAAGCGCGUGACCACGACAAGGACGACGGUCACAGGCGUUGGUACCAUCAAAUUUCUUCGCUGGUGUCCUGUCGUUUCCAGUCAUUUUCUAAAUUGGCAUCCUCGGACGAGCUCACUAUCAUGUACACUCACUGCGAAGGAGAUUUUGCGGACCACAGGAGAGUGUCGAAUAGAAAAUUGCCGGUAGUAGUAUCCAUGGCUUGCGUGGUAGCAUCGGCAUUGCUGCUUCUUGUCCUACUACCAAUGGCAAGUAACCAAUCACCGGUUAACGAACCCGACGCGACUUGGCCAAAGUUACCACAGCCGCGUCGUCUGGCAAGCAACAACAAGCCCCGGAUUCUUUACAUCAUCACCACGCUCGCCGAAUAUAAUUCCGGAACCCGCAGUACCGUGCGUGGAUCUGAUCGACUCCAAGAAACGCUCAUUCCCGUUGUUUCUGAAGGGGUCCGUUCUAUGGUUGAAGGCGGCUACGAUGUUGACGUCUUCUUAAUCUGUCACUUUACCUUGCUUCCCGAACGCAAGGCUUUGGUUCAACGAGCUUUGCCGCCUGGCGUAGGCCUCGACGUUUGGAACGACGCGACACCGCUGGGAUACGAUACUGGCAAGAAUCCUUUCACCAAGCUUGAAAACCGCACUUUACACUUGGCGCGCCAGCAUCGUUUCGCCAUCAAGGACAGACUUUUGGAGUAUGAUGUUUUUGUGAACUUUGAAGAUGAUAUGGUGAUUAAGUCAAGUCAUGUGGAUCAUUUCGUCAAGGUCACCAAAGAACUGCUUCGGCUUCGGGAAUUGGCUCCGGACGAUGUUCCCAAGGGAACCUCCGGGGCAGAUGCGAGCAAAAUGUUUUAUGGAGAAAUGACAAAGGGUCAAUUGAAGCGGAUGAUCCCCGGUUUCAUUCGUGUGGAAGCGUUGCUAGACGAGGACGAGUACGGAGCACAAAAGGACACCGGUCCGGUACCUAUCGAUAUGGACUUUGGCGGACCAGCCGGAAUGCAAAGUAUAAACCCUGAGUAUUGCUGUCAUGUUUCGAAAGAGACUGCCAACCACAAGAUCCCAGAAUCACCAGCCUCUGAUAAGCUCAUGUUGUGGGAGACCAACAUAUUCCCUCUUGGAGUUCGAAAGAUGCCUCCCUCGAGUUGGAUGGACUGGGUGGUUCUUCAACGGGGACCGGCACAAAGCAAACUGGACGCAAAGGAAACGAUUGGAGACUAUUGGGCCAAUCGGAACAACGAUUACUGGCCGAACAAGGGACGCCCUGCACCGCAAGACUUCAAAUACAUCAAUAAUCAGGGAGGCUGGAUGGCAACUCGUCAACAACUUUGGGAAUGGCAUUCGGAAAUCUGUCCUGGAGGAUUCCUACCACCGUACGAAUCGCCGCACUAUCGUUUCGAUGGACUGGAUAUGCGCAAUGUGGAAUGGUAUAGCGGAGGUAUGCAGCUCUCGACCGUUCGGCACGCUUGCAACAUGCAGCGGAUAAUUGCACUUGAUCCGGACAACUUUUCGCGAUCGCUGGUCUACCACUCGGCCAACAACAAACAAAGACAACUCGCGGAUCAAGGGAAACAGGAGAGUUUUACAAAGGUGAAUACGUUGCUGGGGCAGCUGAAUACACUAAAGAAGAUUGCCGAAAAAGCCAUAACUAAGGAAUUAGCUUAA